GAUUUUUGCAAGACGCAGCGAUUUAUAAACGAUGAGUGUCAAGUCCAGUGCAAGGAUUAAGAAACGACGCUCCGCGGAGGCAGCAGCAGCGUCGGCAGCAGCACCCACCACGGCCUCCUUUACGGCCGUCAGCAGUCACAGCGCAGUUGCCGCCAGCAGCAGCGCAGUAAGCAGCAGCAGCGGCAAUAAUAAUUCAAAUGCAAAUCAAAGCCUGAGUAAAAAGCACAAUUUUGUUGGACGCAAUCCCAAUUUCGAUACGGACGAGACAAAGUUGCUCAUCCAGCUGUGGGGGGAUCCAAAGCUGCAGCGUACACUGAUAACGACGCAUAAGAAGCAUGCGGUCAUCUGUCAGCUGGCGGGGAGGAUGCAGGAAUACGGCUAUCAUCGGUCGCCGGAGGAGAUCACAACGCGCAUUAAGAAUCUUAAGUGUUUCUACAAUCGCCUCAAGAAGGACAAGGAAUGCGGACUGGGUGGCGAAUCGGGGCCCAGUUGGAAGCAUUUUGCUGAGAUGGAUGCCAUCAUGACGCGUCCCAUCUUUAGUGUGAGACCGAAUGAGGUGCCGGCUCCAUCGCUCAAAUAUCAAUUGGAGCAGGCACUGGAGGAGCAUGCGGAGCGUCGCAAGCGUCGCAGGGAGAACCGGGACAGGGACAAUGAAGAGCUGUCCGACAGCGAUAACGAGGAAGAUGACAUGUUGCUCUCCUCCCUGGUGCCCAGUGUCAAUGGCAAUGGAAAAUCCAAACCGAAUACGCUGGCUGAUAAUGAAGCCGAGCUUCAAAUGGACCUAGACGAGAGGGAGGACGAGACUUUUGCCCUCAGCGGGGAAAACAAGCGGCGCAAGACCACCUCCGAACCGGACGUGGACAUUGAUGAGACAGCGGCACGCAUCAAAACGGAGCCAGCCAGCAUUCAGCCGGAGACGGCGAAGAAUCAGCCGGAGCCAUCAGUGUCAGUGUCUGAGUCAAGCGUAACGGCAGCUGUGCUGCCAGCGGAUCUGGAUGAGGACGAUGAUUGCCUGCUGCUGUCGCUGCCCAAAGAGGAGCCCAUCGAUGUGGAUGCCGUUGAGUUUGCCGGCGACAAUUCCCCAAGCAGUAGCAGUGUAGUGGCUCCAGCAGCAGCCUGCUGCCCCGUGAUGCCCACACUGCAGGACAUACUGCAGUUGCCCAAGGCGACGAAUCUGUUGCCAUAUAGUGGCGCUAAUGUCAUCAUACCAGCGAAUAGCAUAAGCAACAGCAUCGCCCAACUCGGCGGCACCGUGCCCACUUGUAGCACAUCUAAUGCAAAGCUGACAUCGGGCAAGAUCUCGCUGGUGCCCACGAAUUUUCUCAUGCAGCCUAAGCAACCCAACAGCAAUGGAACACCGGCCGGCAACAAGGCGGUCGCAACGGCAGCCGGAGCUCAAUUGCAACUGCUGCAGAGCGCAAUUAAUCAGGGUGCCCGUUUAAUGAUUAGCGGAGCAGGUGCACCACCCGGGCAGGCGACAAAUAGUACAGGUCUGGUGACCGGACCCGGCGGCGUCAAGUUUGUCUUGGUCAAUGCGGACCAGGCAGCAGCCGCUGCGGCAGCCAAAGCAGUUGCAGCUGUAACCAAACCGACUUCCAAUUCUGUGGCCAGUGCAGCCUUGCCCCAAAAGCAACAGAAGCUGCUCCAGCAAACCGACUACAAUCAACAGCAGCAGCAGCAACCGCAACAGCAGCAACAACAGCAACAGCAACAGCAGCAGCAGCAACUACAACAGCAGCAGCAGCAACAACAACAGCAGCAGCAACAACAGUUGCAACAAAAUCAGCAGCAGGAUAAGAAGGAGGAGAAGCGUCGCGCUCAGGAGAAAGCUCGAGAGGAACAACAGUCGAAGCGACACAUGACAACCAUGCGCAUUUUGUUGCGGCAGCUGCUCAAUGCCCAAAACGAGGGCAACGAGAUUCAGCACAAUCGCUUGUCGCUGGAGCGGGAACGUCUCGACUGGGAGAAGUCGAUGGGUGAACGUUUGCUUACCAUGCUGCCGACACUGCUGCAGCCGGCACCUGCAGCACCAGCUCCGUGUUCCGUUCAACAAGUGACGCCGCAUCAAUCGCCGCAGUUUAUUGUAUCGGGCGCAGCGACUGGGGGAGCACAGCGGAUGCAGCCACCCAAGUUGCUCUUUACAACGGCUUUGCCCAUGGCCAAUAUUGGCAAUGGAACAGUGACCAUGCCGCAUAUACUCACGCCCAGCACUGCGUUGGCCACAUCGUUGCCCAAGGUGAUUGCAGCACCCGCAUCCUCAUCGACAUCGGCGGCGGGGGGAUGUGUGUCUAUCGCCCCAAAGCCCGUGGAGAUUUGCACCCAAAUCAAUGAUGUACAGCUAGUCACGCCCAAACUGGAGCAGGAUGGCUAAACUAGGUGGAAACAAUUUCGAUAUUAACACAGUAUUUUUUUUGUUUGCCGUGAUCUCUAAUAGAUAAUACUCGGAUAAUUUUCUCAUUUAAAUAUUUAUUCCUAAUA